CUGUCCCUUCCUCGCCAGCCACCUGACCCUGGCCAUCCCCAUCAUCGCAGCCGUCCUCUUCUUCUUUGUCAUCAGCUGCCUGCUCCAGACGAGCUUCAGGGACCCGGGAAUCCUGCCCAGAGCCACCCCCAGCGAGGCUGCUGACCUGGAGAAGCGGAUCGAUAUCCUCAACAGCAUGGGGACCUCCAGCUACCGCCCGCCGGCGCGCACCAUGGAGGUGGUGAUCAACAAGUACGUGGUGAAGCUCAAGUACUGCUACACCUGCAAAAUGUUCCGUCCUCCCCGCACCUCCCACUGCAGCGUCUGCGACAACUGCGUCGAGAGGUUCGACCACCACUGCCCCUGGGUGGGCAACUGCGUGGGGAAGCGCAACUACCGCUACUUCUAUGCCUUCAUCCUCUCCCUCUCCUUCCUGACAGCCUUCAUCUUCGCCUGCGUCGUCACCCACCUCACCCUGCGCUCGCAGAGAGAUGGAUUCCUCGCCACGCUGAAGACAACGCCUGCGAGCGUACUGGAGCUGGUGAUUUGUUUUUUCUCAGUCUGGUCUAUUCUGGGCCUCUCAGGUUUUCACACAUACUUAGUCGCCUCCAACCUGACGACAAACGAAGAUAUCAAAGGGUCCUGGUCAAACAAGAGGGGCUCGGAGUUUGCCAAUCCCUACAGCCAUAAAAGCAUCCUCACAAACUGCUGCGCGGUGCUGUGCGGACCCUUCCACCCCAGUUUGAUAGACAGAAGAGGAUUUAUCCAGCCAGACGUCGGGACCCCGGCCAGUCCUAAGAGCGAGAUCCCUUCCUUCGGAGCCAAAAGCGACACCAGCAUG